AUGGCCGAGGCGUUGCAACAGGUGCUGGCGCAGGCCACAUCGGAAGCAUGUGUCUUCGUUUUCAGCGGCGAGGGCGCCCAUGGUGCAGACACGGACAUCUCCAUGCUGAAGCUCAGCCCAUCGUGGCCUGCCGUACAGCAGGCUCUGCGUGAUGUCGGGCAGGACGAUCCCGAGGCUUUCUUACAGGAGAACCUCGGCGAACAUACCGCUCCGAACUCGCCACUGGUCACGGUUUCGCUGAACAUUCUGCAUGCGGAUCUUUGGCGGCACUGGGGCCAAGAGCCAUCCCUGGUACUUGGUCAUUCUGUGGGCGAAAUUGAACGCGACCUUCUCAGUGUCACGUUGUGCGGCACCUCCGCAAAGGACUAUUUGUCUUCGGAUCCUUCGUCCAUACAGCUGCGGCCCUGCCAUCCUUGGCAUCAUCCGGAGGCACCGGUGCCUGCGACACUUCCAACUGGCGCUGCUGCCCGGAUCCCCUUCAUCUCCUCGGUUUCUGCAACGCAGCUAACCGAGCUGCCGAAGGACCACUGGCAACGGUGGCAACGGAGCCCCGUGAGGUUUGCAGACGCUCUCUGCCUUGCGCGCGACCUUACGAAAUCCAAAGGAUCCGGGGGGGUUCGAGUGCUGGAGAUGGGUGCACAUCCAGUCCUUGCGGCCGCCAUCAAGGCCACGUUCUCAGAGCUCCGCUAUGCUUGCUCCAUGCGUCGUGGAGAGCGGGCGGCUUCGUUCCUUCGGCAGCAGCGUGCUGGUCUGGGGGUGGGCUUCCGCAGGCAGCUCCAGCAGGUGCUCCAGGGUUUCAUCUUUGGAGGUCGGCAGCUGUGCCACACCACAAGCUUCGCAGCCCAGGGCAUUGCCUCGCAGCAGCUGGUGAUGCUUGCAGAGGCCUUGCGGCCCUUCUUCCCGGGCCUCGCAGCUCACGACCUCUACCGCUUCAGCAACAUAGAUGGUCUCUUGGACUGGGGUGCGGAUGAGAUGUCGGAGAGCUUCAGUCCACCAAAGACAGUGAAGGUGCAGGAGCUUCACUUUGAGAUCUUGGCAUGUGCGCUUCGCUUCCCCGGGGCUGUGGACACACCUGGCGCUUUCUGGAGCAUGCUGCUGAAGGAUGAUCAGGAUGCCGCCUUUGCCGCAGCCCCCAAGGAGGGACCCAAGGCAGCCUUCCUUCAGUACAAGUUUGAUCAUCGCACCGCCCUGACGGCGGCAGGGGCUGCUGGAGUCGAAGGUGCCGAGGCUGCUGCCAUGGAUCCGCAGCACUCCUUCGCGUUGCAUUUGGCGGCGGAGAUGUGGCAUGACUCCGCCGAGGCUGCGGAAGCUGCCAAGGCUGAGCCGGAGCGCGUGGGAGUCUACCUCGGUGCCUGGCAGCCCGUCGUGUCUGACACCCGGGCGUCUGCCUAUGCGAACCUCCGACGAGCUGGGAUGCUGAGUGCUUCUGGCCGGUGUCACACGUUCUCUGCGUUGGCCGAUGGCUACGUCCGCGGGGAGGGCGGCGCGCUCUUCCUGCUGGGCUCCGCGGGCUCUGGCCAUGGUCCCACGGCCUCUCGUGCUCAGCUCUUGGGCUCUGCAGUGAACCAGAACUCGACGCAGAAGCCUUUGUCCUCCGUGGACCCGCUGGCGCAAGAGCGCGUCAUCCGCAUGGCAUGCGCAAGUGCCUCUAUCACCACUGCUGGCCUCACGGCCGUGGAGCUGCAUGGCACGGGCACGCCUCUAGGCGACCCCGUGGAGGUCUCUGCACUCGCUCGGCUGGGCUGUGCUGCUACGAUGACGGCCUCAAAGAUGCACCUGGGCCAUUUGGAGUCGGCCGCGGGCGCUGUUGGCCUCCUCAAAGCUGUACUGCUCUGCGAGAACUGCUGCGUUCCCAGCUUCAAAAUCCACGGAGGCCUGAACCCCCAAGUCCGCGCCGCGAUGGAGGGAUCCUGCCUCAAGAAUCCAGGAGAUGAGGUCGAGCUUCCAGCUGGUGCCUUCCUGGGCGUGUCUAGCUUCGGCUUUGCCGGCAGCAACGCCCAUGUCGUUUUGGCCCCAACUCCAACAGCCAGGGCAUGUCCCAAGUACGAGGCGGACGCCUGGGAGCCUCCAGUUCCUCUUCGGCAGUAUGAGCAGUCCAUCGUGGAGACAUUGGCGAUCGUCAAGAGCUUGGAGGACGGCAGCUCCAAGGCGAAGGUGGAGAUCUUGGCGGCGCCACUUCCGCGAAAGCGUGAG